AGCAAAGCAGCGGGAACGCUGCAGGACAACCAGUACCUGCUUAGAUCUCAAAGAAAAAAGUUGCUAAUUGGAAAUGCCGCUGUGCGUAUAGCGGCGAAAUAGUUAGCUAUGAGAUACACAUUUUUCUGUGUUCGUUAUUAUGUAUUAAGUUUAUUGUUCGCUUGUGUGUUCUCUCAAGAAAAAUUUAAAUUGGACAUCGCCGUUGAACAAAAUGCUUUGGACGCAACGUUAGACAAAGACCUCUCCAAAGCUGGCACAACCGAAAAGUCAAUUCCAGUUAAAACCGUUUCAUCUACGAUUAGUAGUGUGAUCAAAGCAACAACUUUAACGCCAGCAAAAGAAAAUGUACCUGACAAACCUCCAAGACUUGUUUGUCCUGGCAAGGAGGUUUCUCGACCGUUUUUUUCUUUGCCCUGUGCAGCAACUCAAGACUGUGGAUUCCUGGGAAGAGGAAUGGUAUGUUGUAAUAGGAGAUGUAUAAAGGGUGUACCUCCUCCAAAACCAGAGCCCAAACAUUCCCCAACAUUUUUUGGAUUUGUUGAGAGAAUAUGUCCUGUCAAUCCUCUUGCUGAAAUUUGGGAAAUUAAAGAAUGUAAAACAGAUAGCGACUGCUCACCUCGAAUCUGUUGUCCAGAAACUUUGAGGAGUGGAGAAAAUGUGAGUUAUUGCAGAACGGCACAAGCAUUGUGGGAUAAAAUACCAGCUGCCAGGCAGAUUGUAGAACCCAUAAAUAAUCUAGUCAGCUAUAUGCAAUGCACUCCUCCCCCACCACCACUUCUCGAUAUAUUUCCAAAAGCAUGCCAAAACCCACUAGACUGUUUUCCCAAUUUGUGUUGUCAGGAAGGUGGAAAAAAAUAUUGUAGACCACCCAGGCGAUCACUUUUUGCUUUAAUUGCUGGAGUAGGACAGAGAUUAGUACCUGCCCAUGCAGCUAGGAGAUUUAUUGAAAGGAUUACAAGUUAAAAAUUUUUAUGUAAUAUAUAUUCCUUUUAAUGUAAAUUGUAUCUACUGUAAAUUUGUG